AUGUAUUCCCUCCAGAGCAAAAUGAUUAUUGACGGAAUAUCAAGUGAUGAUUAUUCACCAAUGGUUGAGGCAGAUCCAUGGGAUUUGGAUCAACUACUCAGUGGAGAACAGAUGCCAUUUGUAACUUCUCAUCUACCGUACACCCCUGGACGAGUUGGUUUAUUCACGAGACCAUUACAUCAGCAUCAUCAUCGAAGGGGACAUCAAGAUCAGAAUGAAAAUGAUAUCACAUCUCGUCCAAUGGCCACGUGGAAAAGCUAUGCUCGAAUCAUCCUUGCUCAUGUCAGUCUAAUCGUUCUUUCGGUUGUUUAUGUUGGAUUCGGAGCAUUUCUAUUUUAUCAGUUGGAGCAACCAAACGAAGUUGAAGUUCGAGCAAGAAAUAUUGAAAGAUUCAAUGUUCAUAAAAGACAAAUGAUCGAUCAUUUGUGGGAAAUGAGAAGCAGUGGAAUUGGCCAACAUGUCGUCGAAGAUAUGGCUGUAAAAUACGUGGAUAAUGUGACUCGUAUUCUAUUCGAAGCAUUCGACACUCAUUGUAUCGGUGCAAAACAUUUGAGACCAGGUGGAGAAAAUGAAGAUUACAAUUGGACCUACAUGACAGCCCUUUUCUUCACAACAACUCUUUUGACUACGAUUGGUUACGGUAAUCUGACACCCGUAACAGGAAGAGGAAAGUUUCUUUGCAUACUGUAUGCACUGUUUGGUGUUCCACUUAUUUUGAUUACUGUGGCCGAUAUUGGAAAGUUUUUAUCGGAGAAUAUUGUUCAAUUAUAUACUUGGUACCGAAAACUAAGAGAAAAAUGUUCAAAGCAAAAAUACAGUGUAAUUUCAAACAAAGACGAUAAAAAUAAAGAAGGAGACUUGAAUUUGGAUCAUCUGGAAAACUACAUCUCGAUUCCAAUAUUUUUAAUUGUAGCCAUACUUUUGAGCUAUAUAACAUUCGGAGCAGUUGUAUUGAGCAUGUGGGAAGGAUGGGACUUCUUUUCUGGAUUCUAUUUCAGUUUUAUCACAAUGACAACUGUUGGAUUCGGAGAUAUUGUUCCGUUAAAACGAGAAUAUUAUAUUCUAGAUCUUUGUUAUAUUAUCAUUGGAUUAUCUAUCACAACUAUGUGUAUCGAUUUGGUAGGUAUUCAAUAUAUCCGGAAGAUGCAUUACUUCGGAAGAGCUAUAAAAGACGCCCGUUUUGCACUUGUAAAUGUGGGCGGAAAGAUGGUUCAUGUUCCUGAUUUGAUGAGAUAUGCGAGUGUUCUUCAACAGAAAUAUGGACAAAAAAAGACGCAUGACACAAUUAUUGUGAAAGGAGCUUAUGCACCGAAGGAUUUAAGCAAGAUUCGGUUUAUCGACUUUGGAGCGUUGGCUUCAAUGGAAAGUUGGCAAUCUCUUUGGUCCGUUCUUACUGGAAGAACUCAGGAAGUUCAUGUAUAG